GUAACCUGACACCUUUAGUUCUUCUCCGUCUCUAGCCUGAACUCCAUGUGCCGAACUCCUGACCGCCGGAUCUUCUUCUACGAUCAUGAAACAGUUCAGGACGGCACAGAGAAACGACAUGACAGCCAGCUGUAAACAUAACCCGAGUUGUAGGAGAGAAAUCCGGUAAAAACCGUCGGGUUGUUUCGGUUUGAAUCAGACGUCGGCCAAAAGCAGCGAAGAAGAAAUAACUUCUCCCCGAGCGCGAUACGUCAGAGGACUAAAGCCGCGUUAAAGGAGCCGGUUUAACACUUUUAUAGACUUUAAAGACUUUACGCAGUUUGUUUUUAUCUCUUUAAAAUGCUCACGCUGACCUUACGGAGAGCUCUCCGGCCGAUGGGGCCGAAGUUACCGCCGGGACUGAAGCCCUCGGCGGCGGGGAGGCUGCCGUGGACAGGGCGGUUCACACCGAGCUGCAGUCUCGGCACUCACGGCAGGAACGAGCCGAAGGAGCCGCUGAACUCCCCGAAGAGAGCCAAAGAGUUCAUCUACCGAUUGCAGCCGAAGGAGAGGACGUGUUUACUGCACGAGCUGCAGAGCUUCGAGUCAAUAGCCAUCGCUCAAGAGACGUUGGCUCCCUCGCCGCCGACUGCAGCUCAGAUCAGAUAUGUUUUAUUCCAUAACGCCCUCCCCUUUGUUGGCUUUGGUUUCCUCGACAACGCCAUCAUGAUCGCAGCAGGGACGCAGAUCGAGCUCUCCAUCGGGGUCACUCUGGGGAUCUCCACCAUGGCGGCUGCAGCUCUGGGGAACCUUGUCUCAGAUCUGGCCGGUCUCGGCCUUGCAGGUUAUGUGGAGUCUCUGGCCUCCAAACUGGGGAUGCAGGUUCCUGAUCUGACGCCCAAACAGGUGGACAUGUGGCAGACCAGAGUCAGCUCUCACAUGGGGAAAGGCAUCGGAGUGACCAUCGGCUGUAUCCUGGGGAUGUUCCCACUGCUGUUGAUGGGCGACGAUGAUGACAAGAAGGAGAAAGAAGAGAAACCCUGCAGCGGUUCGCAGUCUGAAUCAUCCUGACCGUGAGCGCUGCAUCUUUAACCCUUCAGCCAAACAAACAAACAAUCAAACUCUCCUCCUACACGACGCGGUCAACGCUGCUGAUGUCACAAGUAUUGACACUGAAUGUGUCAGCAGUCUGUGUGUCCCUGCUGGGCGUGCUCGGCGUGCUCGGCGUGCUGGGCGCUCUCGGCGUGCUCCAUCAGCACAGACGUCUGUUUGCUCCGUCUGGUCGUCUCUUUAACUUCUCUAACUCUGCAUGUUUAGAGUCCAUCAUCAGUCCAGCAGUGGACGCCACCACCAGAGACACAAACACUCCUGGAGGAAGAACUCCCUCAUUCUUCCACACGAGGGCGCUACUUCAUGUUUUUAUUUUCAUGCAUAUUUAAUUUAAAACUUCUCGUAGAUAUCGGGAGACAUCAAACUAAAGGAACAAAGCGUGCAGAUAAUGUUUACAACACUAUAAAAUAAUCAGUCUAACCUUGACUUGUUCUCACUUUAAAGAGCAGGUGUGAGUCUGUGUAAAAAGAUGGACGACACUUCUCCACCUUCUCAUAGAACAAAGUGAAGCCAAAAUCUACCUCCCAACGGGUGCGGACAUAUCGUACCGGUGACGUCAUUUGGAGUCAGAGUUGGACUCCGCCCUUUCCUCCAACCAAAACACUAAUUUACCUUCCUGCUGAAAGGUCAAAGGUUGCUCCGGUGGGUUCAGUCACAGCAGAACAGAGUCUAGUGUCUGUUUGAAGCAGACUCUCACAGUGAUGGAAAGUUGAUUCUUGUGUUUGUUACUUUUCCUCUCACCGUUCCUCCUCUACUCUGAUAAUCUGCUUCACAGAGCAACACAGGAGCCUCAUUGGUAAACACAGCUAUCAAUCAAAGACCUCUUACACCUUGAAAUAACGGAUGAAAACUAAACUUAUCUGAAACAUGAACACUGUCAAAGAACUAUUAACUGUAUUAGAGAAACAUUGAUCUGCAUGUGUUUUGAUUUUAUUGUUUGUCCCAUCUGUUAACAUGGAGGAGGCAGAGCUUAUAACCUAUACUGCAGCCAAUGAGCAGGGGAGCUCUAACUGUUUUGGCUUCACUUUCAGGGAGCUGUUAUGUCGUCCAUCUUGUUACACAGACUGUUAGACAAACUUUGAUUUAUUUUAAUUGAUGAUCUAUUAUGAUUAUGUUUAUUGUUCAUUAUUUACAGAUAUAUUUAAGAAGCUGAAAUCAAAUAAUCUACAUUACUCAUCUCAUUAAAUGUCAAAUAUAAGAUUUAAUUAUCAGAAUUUUGUGAUGAGACACUUUGAACACUCGUACAUUUUUAAAAAAGUGUCGGUGGUUUGAAUCUUUAAUAUUUUAAACAUGUCAGAGGAUCCGUGUGUCCUCUGCUACGUCCGUGGGAAAGUUUUUGUUAAAUGCUUCAAAAUCUUCACCUGUUUAUGUACACAUGUAUGAGGCGUUCAGGGCCGACAAACUGUCUGGAAACUUGAGUUUUCACCUCAGUUUUAGGCUUUAGUGGAUGUUUUCUUUUUCUCUCUGACAUCUUCUCCUUUGUUCCUCCUCUAAUCCUCCUCUUCCUCUCCUCUGUUCCUCCUCUUCCUCUCUCUCCUCUCCUCUGACUCUCCUCCCUCGCUCACACACACAGUUCUCAUCCAGCCGUCUGUGUGAUUAGUUUUGAGCUUGUUUCCUCAGACUUGAAGCUACAGAUGGUCAGGAUUUUCCUCACAACACCGAGCCAAAAAAACAAAACUGUUCAAACUACGAGAGUUCUCCCUCUCCCUCCCCCUCUCUCCAGCUCUAUUUAUACAUUAAAAGAGUUUUUUGAAACCAAGUUAAUCCUUUUAAUCAUCAUUCUAGUGAUUCUCUCCACUCGUUUCUUUUUGAAGCUCAAACUUAUGAUUAAAGACGAAGGUGUCUGUGAUUUUCUGUCUUACAUCCAAGAGCUAAAACUAAAGUCUGUCUUCAUAUCAGCUGUUUUUUAUUUUGGCGCAUUCAAACAUCAGAUUAAUGAGCUCAUGAGGAGAAAAGAGAGACGGUGACAUCUGACAUAAAGUCACAGCUCGGUGUCACUUCCUGUUUUACCACGUGGUUAUAAAAAGAAUAAAAAGAUGUUGAGAAGGAGUUUGAGGAAGUCUUGUUGCAUGUUAUUGAAUAGACUGAUCGUCUAUAGAGACACUGAUCCUUCCACAGAAGCUGAAUCUGGAAAUAUUGGAACAAUAUUUAAACAAGUGUUUGGAAGUUUUUUUAUUAGUGAAUGAAGUUUAAAAUCGUAGGACGAGGAGCAAUAAACCAUCUGUUGGUAAAUAAUUAAGUCAUGAUGUAAUAAUCCUCUUCUGGAUGCUGUUUGUUAUGACGGAAACCUGUGUGUGUGUGUGUGUGUCUCUCUCUCUCUCUCAGAUUUCAUUCAGUUGAUUUCUCGUGAUGUAAAAGAAGACAUGUUUGAGAUGUUCUGAAGCUCAGUGAGAGGAGUGCUGUGUGGUGCUGCCCUCUGGUGGACAGUGUGGAUCACCAGAUCGUGCACUGAAACAUGUCUGUAAAAUAGAACAGUGAUAAUGACGAUGUCAGAGGUUUGUCUGUACUGUGUGCAUAAGAAACUAAGACAAUAAAGUGUGCAGUGUUUACCUCCUCAGGUGA